CAACCUUUCAGCUCACAUGGAUCUGACACCAAUCAAGAUCCCAGGAAAGAACAAACGCGAUAGUUGCAAGGCGGCAAUUGCACAGAGACAAGCCUUGAAAAAACCUCGUGGAAGACCACUCAAGUUACAGAUAUCCAAUGCAGGUUCACAACCAUCUACUUCUGUUCCAGCUGUCAAGAAGUCGAAGAAACGAACCCUACAGAAUAUCAAAUCUAAACGAAAAAUGUCCUUCCUUGAGAAGCUCCCCACCGAACUAUUGGAGAAAGUUUUCCUGUAUUGUAUGAAUCUGGAGCUGCCAAGAGCUAGCCCUGUGAUCGCUGGAAAGCUCAGCAGUGAGACUGUUUAUUUACACACGAUUAUCUCUGCCUUUGGCCCUACAUGGGACAGGUGGCACGGACGACGCAAGCGUUUUCUGGGGCGCAAUGGAAAGGAGCCGGCCAAGAUUAAUGACACCUCUGAAGGCGACCCAAGACUUCAAUCCGCUAUUUUGGGUCUUCGUUGGGCAACCCUGUCUCGUUUACUGGGAGCCAAAGACACAUGGGUUCAGAAGAAUGGGCAGGACAGGUUCUCCAAGCCCGAAUAUUUUUUUAAAACACAAAAUUCAUCUUCUGAUGGUGAUGGUAAUGAUGAUGAUGAUGAAAGAGAUAACACCUCAGCAGAAAUGACUGCUGUCGAAUAUUUCAACAACGAUUUUGCGAGCUUCUCUGAAUUUAUGCGAGAACGGGAUGGAGGUUAUAUCUGGGAGUCUUGCAGCUGGAGCGUCAAUAAAGAUGUACACCAGGAUACGGAAAUUCCUUCAAGUCUUUUACUUGGUCCAUGGACGGAAAAUAAUAUCAAGCUACUAUUCUGGGCCGUCAAGUCAGGUGCAAGGAUAGACUGGCUGAAUUCCACAAGCGGAGAAGUGGCACUCGAAGGUCUCAAAACUGCAAUUACUACAGGAAAUACAAAAGCCAUCCAUCUUUUGCAGUGGUACGGCUUGGUGGAAAAACUUGAUGUUGAAACAUUGCUCUGGACUUUUCGCAACGCGGGGGGCGAUAAGAUUGCAACUGUCAACCAAAUCUUGAGAAUAGGAAAUUUCUCCUAUCUCUCGACCAAGUUGAAGGACUUGAGAAAAGUGCAGCGGGAACUCUCCGACAUGGAAGACGAAUUUUUGUAUGAGGGUAACCAAACCAAGCUUGAUUUUGUGAAGGAGAUAAAACAAUCCCAAACGCUUUGCAAGUUUUGGUAAAUAUAUUUUGAUGGAUACCUUUGUACAAAUUCAAGGGCACAAAUGAAUUGUAUUUGAAGACUCCAAUU